AGAGGCGGAGUUAGAGGAAGUGAAGGCAAGUGCAGGCUAACUGAAUGAGCACUUCAGCAGAGUUGUGUAACAUCUGUCAGCUCCAACCGGGAGAAUAAACCGGGAUUUUUUUAAUAAACGUCACCGUAAUGGAGUGGAUUUAACGGAUAGUGUGAGUCUUCAUGUCCCUGGACUGCUGGACUGUUAUUUUUGUAAGCCCUGUCCCGGAGUCUCAGUCACAGCUACUUUUAAGAGCUCGCUGGUAAGGAGAAGGUGAAGCUGCAGCCAUGGUGCAGAAAUAUCAGUCACCAGUGAGGGUUUACAAAUACCCCUUUGAACUCAUAAUGGAGGCCUACCAGAGAAGAUUCCCAACAUGUCCUCUCAUCCCCAUUUUUGUACACAGUGACAUUAUCUACGAGAGCAAGAGUGAGGAUGGAGCGACUCAUGUCAUUGAGCGCAGAUGCACUCUCGACGUGGACGCCCCUCGACUACUGAAAAGGAUAGCAGGGGUGGAAUAUCUGUACUUUGUGCAGAAGAACACCCUGGACUGGAGACAGAGAACACUGCAUAUUGAAGCCUACAAUGAGUCCUUUUCCAGCAGAGUGGUCGUCAGAGAGUACUGCAGCUACACGGUGCACCCGGAAAAUGAGGACUGGACGUGUUUUGAGCAAUCAGCCAGCAUGGAUAUGAAGUCCUUCUUCGGCUUUGAGAGCACAGCAGAGAAGAUCGCCAUGAGGCAGUAUGCCGCCAGUAUUAAAAAGGGGAAGGAGAUAAUUGAGUAUUAUCUCAGGGAGCUGGAGGCAGAGGGUGUAACCUUCAUACCCCGCUGGAGCCCUCCUUCCACUAGCGCUAUAGUUAGCUCAGCCAAAGCCAUCCCAACAUCCAGCAGCAGAGAGGAGCACAGCAGAGCCCCCAACAGCCCUGCAGAGGUCUUACCUGGGUCUCCCGAAGAUAAGCUAGAUGCAGACUACAUCAGGCGCUAUCUGGGAGAGCUGAGCCCUCUGCAGGAGAGCUGCCUCAUCCGUCUGCGACAGUGGCUGCAGGAAACACACAAGGGCAAGCUCCCCAAAGACCAGCAUGUGCUGCGCUUCCUGCGCUCACGGGACUUCAGCCUGGAGAAGGCUCGGGAGGCACUGUGCCAGACGCUGACCUGGAGGAAACAGCACCAGGUGGACUUCCUUUUGGACACGUGGCAAUGUCCGCAACUGCUGCACGACUACUACACAGGAGGAUGGCACCAUCACGACAAAGAUGGCCGCCCCCUCUACAUCUUACGACUGGGACAAAUGGACACCAAAGGACUUGUGCGUGCACUGGGAGAAGAGAGUCUUCUUAGACAUGUGCUGUCCAUCAAUGAGGAAGGUCUCAGACGCUGUGAAGAGAACACAAAUAUCUUUGGUAGACCCAUCAGCUGCUGGACAUGCCUGGUGGAUCUGGAGGGGUUGAACAUGAGGCACCUGUGGAGGCCGGGGAUUAAAGCCCUGCUGAGGAUCAUUGAGGUGGUGGAAGCAAAUUACCCUGAGACACUAGGACGGCUGCUUAUAGUGAGGGCUCCCAGAGUCUUCCCUGUGCUCUGGACGCUGAUCAGCCCGUUUAUUGAUGAGAAUACUCGUAAGAAGUUCCUCAUCUACGCUGGGAACGAUUAUCAGGGCUCAGACGGCUUGGUGGAUUACAUCAGCAGAGACUUCAUCCCUGAUUUCCUUGGAGGAGACUGUCAGUGUGAUGUCCCAGAAGGCGGGCUGGUCCCCAAGUCUUUAUACCACACAGCUGAGGAGCUGGAGAACGAGGAGGUCAAACUUUGGACUGAAACCAUCUACAAAACUGCCAGUGUGUUCAAAGGAGCUCCACAUGAGCUGCUGAUUGAGAUCACAGAGGUGUCCUCCGUCAUCACCUGGGACUUUGAUGUGUGUAAAGGUGACAUCAUCUUCAACAUCUACCACUCUAAAAGAGCUACACAGCCUUCGAAGAGAGAGACCCUGGGUAGUCAUGGCCUGGCGGGACCUAGCGGUAACAACAUGCAGGUGAUUGACAGGUCAUGGAUGUUGGGGCAGGAUUACAGCAUGGUGGAGUCAGCCCUCACCUGCAGGGAAGGGGAGAGCAUACAGGGAUCUCAUGUGACACGCUGGCCUGGCUUCUACAUCCUGCAGUGGCGGUUCCACAACACACCAGCCUGUUCUGCAUCCAGCCGUGUGGACGAUGUCCUGGCCUCACUGCAGGUCUCCUCCCACAAGUGCAAGGUCAUGUACUACACCGAAGUGCUGCACUCUGCCGACUUCAGGGGUUCAAUGACCAGUCUGGCGUCCAGUCACAGCGGUUUCUCCCAGCUUAGUGCUGCCACCACCUCUUCUGGCCAGUCACAUUCCAGCUCUGUCACUUCUCGAUAGAACCAGAAAUCAACGUCCCCCCCAACCCAAAGAGAAAACUGAACUUGCCUUACAGUGCAAAGUCACACAUGACAUACAGUCUGAGAUGAAUGGAACUGUCAGUAAAGCACAUGUAAAAGUAUGUAAUUCUUGUAUAAAAC